UGGGCGUACUGAGCGCCGAGCCGCGGGGGCCAUGAGCGUACUGGACGCCCUGCAGCUGCCCGCCAGUCAGAGGGCUCAGCCCUUCUUCAGAGAGCAAAGAAAACAAAAAAUUGAAGAAUAUCUAUCACGAAGGAAGACCUUCUCUGGCUUAAAUAGGCAGGAAAAGCCGAUAAAAGUCAGCAACAAUAAUUGGAAGGAAAAAACAAGCGAGGACAAAAACCAAGUGACAACGAAGGCUUUGAAACUUAAAACCAAAAUGGAAGAUAAAGAAAAUACUAAGCUGGACAAAAACAGCCAAACCACGGAAAGAAGUGGUGCUCCUUUAAAAGCCACUACUGUUUUGACCAACUCGUCUGUAGCUCUAAGCUCACAAAAUAUUGGGGAUUCCAGUCAGAUUGCUCAGGUGUCCCCGACUGAGGAGAACGACCCCAAAGUUCAACGCAUGUCCUUUAGCCAGGCCUUUCUGAUUAAAAGAAAUCGGAAAGAGGAACAGCUGAUUGCGGAAAAGCUGAAAUCUGAUGUUAACUUGCCAAAGAAACCGGUGCUUGGCUCCUAUCGCGGCAAGGUGGUUCAAUCUAAAAUAAAUUCCUUUCGAAAGCCGCCGCCAGGCAAGGAUGAUCAUUCUCUGACAGGAGCGACGCCUUCAGCCACUGUUUCUAAACCAGCGGUGAGACCUCCCUCCGUCAGCGGGGGUGUCGUCAAAGGUGGAAGAAUCUCAAAUGAGGUUAUUUCCACUCAAUCUGGGAGCACUGCCUCCUUCCAGAUCAGAUCUCUCGUGAGACCUCCUCUUAGAAGCCACCCUGACCCGAUCCCGAAACAAACCGUCCGUAGGGCCUCUGUCCAGGUCACUGACUCCAAAGAGCCUCAUAAAAAAGGGCCUCUCCUGUCAAAUCCAGUUUCAUCUACUGUGAAGAAAGGGCCACCUCCAUCCCAGGUGAAACCAACUCUGUCUAAUGUCAAGAAGCGGCUGCCACCAGGAAAGCCGGCCCUGACGAAUGCCAAGGCCGACUCCUCAGAUGGGCUGGAAAAAAAGGAAGCAGCAUCUGUUGCAUCCGGAGCUCCAGCCCAGCCUGCUCCUUCAACGUUGCGGGCAAAAUCGAUGGGCAUUCGAAGGUCUACUUUCUUGAAAGAAUCAGCAGAAGAGAGGAGAGCUCGCCUGGCUGAAUGGAAAGCUUCCAAGGGAAAAGUGUUAAAAAGACCUCCUAUUUCUAUGCCGCCGGCUCAAUCUGAGCCAAAAGAACAACAGGUGGAGUCAUUCUGGACCACCAUUGUGGAAGAAGAGGAGCAAAAGUUAUUUACUGAAAAAGUUAACAAUUCUUUUGCUGAAUGCCUGAAGUUAAUUAAUGAGGGAUGUCCAAGAGAAGAAGUACUCGACAUACUGGACAAGGUUAUUCAAAAUAUUCCUGAUGCCAGAAAACUGGUCAAGUAUUGGGUAUGUCUCGCACGACUUGAACCGACCACAAAUCCUAUUGAAGAUAUCAUUGCCAUUUAUGAGAAGGCCAUGCUGGCAGGGGCUCAGCCUAUUGAAGAGCUGCGGCACACAGUUAUCGACGUUAUAAAGAAGAAGAACUUUCCGCAGACUGACGUUGGGGAGAAUAUUAGUGCGAUUAAUACAACUGAAGAAGGAAUUAAGGAAGUCGGUGAAGUAGCAAACCAAGGAGACACUGAUGCAAAUCUGAAGUCGGAGGGGGAAGACUUGAAAAUGAAAAAUAAGGGUUCCAGAAAGAGAGUGAGCGUGAAAUGUGAGGAGCAGCAGGAUGAUGAUACUCGAGAAGAUUCCAGUGACGGUUUGAAGACUCCCGAAAAAGCAGCUGACGGAGCUUUCUUAGUUAAAUACAAUGUGUCAACCACACCAUACUUGCAGAGCGUGAAGAAGAAGAUGCAGUUGGAAGAAACGGAUUCCGCAGUGAAAGAUUUGAAGUUCCUCACCCCCGUGAGGCGGUCUCGCCGUCUUCAGGACAAGACCUGUAAACUACCAACCAUGUUAAAGGAUCACUACCCGUGCGUUUCUUCUUUGGAACAACUGGCAGAAUUGGGAGGUGAAACCAAUUGUUUUAUAUACCGGCAAAAUGUCGCGCUGCCCGGAACUGGCACGGAAGCUGAGGAGCCACAGAAAGAAUGAAAGUUUGGCAAGGAACAUCGUUUUUAAGAAAGAAAAAAAAAUCUUGGGAGGUCUGUUGGAUAUGUAUUUUUCAGAAGUAUGUAGAAUUGGCUUAAGUGCUAAUAUCUAGACAUUUUAGGUAUCUGCUUCCAAGUAUGAGACUAGGUGAUUGCAUGGUCACUAAGCAAAACAGCGGCCCUAUUAUGACUUACAACUCCCCUUUCAUUUCAGAUGGACGGGGACUUUGUAGUGCCCAAGGUGUGUGGACAGACUGAUAGUAGUUUGCUGUUUUGCUCAGUUUUCUUUGCAACAAGUGUUGUGGUGAAAUAGUUUAAGCAAGAAGCAUCCUCAUUCAUUAAUUUGGGAAUGGUUUGCUUGAACAGACAGAAUUUCUAAAAUGCAAAACUCAAGUUGGGGGGAAUGAGGCAGAUUAAUCAAAAAGGACAGGGCUAAAGCGUAUAGCAUUUUUAGGACUGGGUUGUUCAUAAAGGAGACUUUUCUCCUAGCCUAAUCUAGCAGCUUUGAGCAGUAACAAGUUCUUUCAGGUAAUAACCUAGGGGAUGUUUCAGUAUACUUGGAAUUUAUUUAAAAAAAAAAAAAAAAAAUCCUAGCAUAACACUACUCUUUAUGCUAAUUUUAACACUAUCGUUUGUACUAGUGAGCCUGUUCCAGCACUUAAUAUUCCCCAAGUUAAUAUGCCGAGAUUUUAAAAAUAUAAAAUUACAUAAAGAUAUUGUAGUACCGUGUUUUUUUUUUUAAGCAGAUGGUCUGUUGUGUUCAGUAAAAUCACUUUCUGAUUAAAAUAUUGAUGACGCCACAACUUCUCAAUUCAAGGAGUUCUAUUUUAGCUCAGACCCAACUAUCCAGCAGGGUUUUUUUCUGAGCAUCCACUUGAUUUUGCAUAGGUUGAUUUCAUAUCCAGAAAGAUUAGUACAUUUGGAUCUGAAGUCUCUGAUGCUGUAGUUUCUUGUGAAUUUCCUAGCCGGUUUUGCAAAUGGGCUGGGCCCAUAAUUUGCAGUCAGGGUGGAAUGUAGUCAAAAACAUUUGAAAGUAUUCAAUGAAUUGUUCAGGUUAGAAGCUAUUAUUUCUACCAGGUUGACUUUCUGUAGGUACAGUUUUUAAUAUAUUGCCACUAGAUGUGCUAUCUUUAUUUUUUUCAUAAUUAUUAUCUUUAGAAAGGCAUGUUUUUUCAGGCCCAAAAGAAAGAGGUGUAGGAACCUCAUUCUCAAAUGGCUUUUCACGUUGGACAUGUGUGAAUUAUCUAGUAGUUUGCCUGAUAUUGGUAGUGAUGAUGAUGAUUAUGGAAUCUCCCAUCGAGAACAACAGUUGAGCCUCGGGCCUGAGAAUCCAGGAACCUGUGCCGUGCAAUUGAUAAUCCUGCUAAUGGCUUGUGCAGAACCACCUGCUCUAUCUUUCUCUCUUCCCUGCCAGUCAUGUUUCCACUAGGGCACAGAGCGCAGCAGGAUUAAUAAGCGACAUGCAACAGAAAUAACUUCUCAGCCUUCAAUUCUUAGUUCAGCAGUAACCUUUUCUGGCCCUGCAGCUUCUAUGUGAACUAAGAAGCUGUCCUUCUUCAACUCCCCACUGUAUAUUUUGGGGAACUGUAAGUAGAACAAUUUUAAAAUAAUGAAAUCCCUAUAGGCUCUGUACUGCAUUUGCUUUAGAAAUCUUCACUGGGCUACUUCAGGAUCAUAAAUCCUUUGGGCAUACAAGUAUUGACUAGUGAAAUUGUAGAAAAGAAACACACUAUUUGGCAAUAGGAAGAAAGUAGAAAAUGCUAGUGAGAGAAGCCAGUAAAUGCCACCUGGCCCAGUUGAGUUUGGGAGUUUGAUUCAUCUUAGAGUCUUUUGUAACCAUCAGCCCAAUUUGGCUGUAAAGCAAGGUGCCCAAAUUUCAUUUUGAGUCACCAGGGAUGGGUUGUCCACUUAGAGGAGGAGCUCUGAGGGAAUGAGGGCAAGAUGGAGGAGAUAAAGAGGGAAACAGGAGGAGGAAAUGGAUUUGAUAGUUCAUAGCGUGUAAAGUCUGUUACGAUAUUAUAAUUGUAGCUGUAAACCAUUAAUCCUCAUUCAGGCGGUUGCUUUUUCAAAUAAACAUAU